GGUUAAAAAAACUUACAAGGUAUGCUCACAUUGUUCAUACAUGCAAUGUCAAAUUAUAUUCUUUUGUGGGAUGAAUUUCGAAUAUUAAACAAACAUUGGCUUCAGCACAAUUAUUUGAAUAUUUGAAUUCUUUAGAACAGUUGGCACUGACAAAUGAAAUAUCAAAUAUAAAAAUAAAAAAACUAUGUUCGGUCCAGGUCUGGUAAACAACCAUAUCAUCGAUAUCAGUCUACAACACGCACACAAUCGUGAAUGAAAGAAAGUUCACAAUUUCAGCCAGUGGUGGGAUAAUGUGUACUCUGUAAGUCCGCAGUACCUUGAGAUGACUUGAGACGGGUGGGGGCGUCGGGUCCUUUAGGGGCAACUGUUUCCUCCUUCGCUGCUCCUCGGCGGUGUCGGGUCACACAAACAUCCCACAGGGCGAGACUUGAUUCUGGAGACACUGCCGCGAGGAAGCGACUGCGAAGCAGGUGACGGAUUCUCCUGCACAGAACGCUGUUUCAGCUAGAGAAAGUUCCGCACCCGCGCAGAGAUGCUGUGAGGACGGCGACGCAAGUUUGGUGUUUGGAACAGCUCACGCUUGGGAGCUAUAUCUCACAUAAUUCUCCUGUAACGGGCAUUUUUGCUGGUGUGCGGGGACUGCUGGCGUUUGCGUUUAUAUUUGUUUAUUUCCUCACUAAAACGCCGGCACAGACGAGAUGCAACAGUCGACGGUCCCACCAACCGCCACUACCGUUCUCGACCCUGCAGAGCAGUUUGUGAAGAGGCGCAGAACAGCCCUGUGGUUUACUGUUUCUCUGCUGCUCCUCUCUGUGGUGAUCCUGGUGGUGGGCCUGGUGUCUGCCACACGCACCGGGAACGUGGCCGUAGCGGGACACUACCCUGGGAUCAUUCUGAGUUUUGGAUCCUUCCUCGGGAUUGUGGGAAUUAACCUGGUGGAGAAUCGGAGACCCAUGCUUGUGUCAUCCAUCAUCUUUGUCAGUAUUGGCGUGGUCGCCGCCUUCUUCUGUGCUAUUGUGAAUGGGAUCAUUGCGGCUGAGUUUAUCGACAGGAGACCCCUGCUGGAGAACAGGUGUGAGUUCUACUCCAGUGGGUACGCCUAUGACAACUACUACACGGAGGUGACCUGCUACUCGUUCAACAGCAAGUGUAAGAUCAGAGUGAAAACCAACACCUGCUACUGCUGUGACCUACAUAGCUGUGAAAGUCCGGACGACCACUCACAUUAUUACGAAUACACGGGCGUGAACAGCUGCUCGGACGUGGUGCACCUCUACCGCCUCCUCUGGUCCUCAGUGGUACUGAACAUCCUGGGCUUGCUGCUGGGCAUCCUCACUGCAGCCGUACUGGGAGCGUUCAAAGACAUCAGCCCCGCCCCCCAGACAUCGCCCAGCUUGGCUCCGCCUCCGCACAUCCUGUACAAUCCCACGCAGCAUAUGCUGACCUACGCUGGAUUCUGCCCGUCCAAUCAGGCGCUGCCCGCGUACCCAAACUACCCGCUGCCCAUGCAGCACCAUGGCAACUACCAGCCCCCGCCUCCGGCAGCACCGCCCGCCCCUGAGGCACCAGCGUCCCCAUCCGAAGAGAGCCAGGCCCCCUCGCAGGCCUCAUCCAGCUACAUGCUGACCCCAAACGCACCCGUGCUUUAUGGGAUGUCUUACGGCCCCUGUGAGAAGCCCCCGCCCUACGCUUGCUGAGUGAUCAGAAUCUUUGAUCCCUCUCCAGUGACGUGCCCCCCCCUCCCCCCACCCCUGUGGUCUCGUGGAGUGGAACCACGCACGAGCAGUUGGUGUGGCCGGUUCCCUCCUGAAGAAACCAAAUCACCUUGGUAACAUCGAUACAGGGCAUUCACCUUAUUUAACCCUUUGAAGAGUAGGGUUUUUCAAAAUUCUAAGUCCGCGUUUCACUAUCGCUUUCAAUCACCAGUAGUGAUUUGUUACAUCAGCAUUAGAUUGGUCAGUUAAGGAUGUUCUAAUCACAUAUUAGACUAUGUGACCCCGUAUACCUUAAAGGGUUAAAAGCAUGCCUUGCCCCUGACUUGACCUGUUGGUUACACUUCAGCCAUUUCAGUUACAUAUAACAUUUCCAUACAUUUACCUUGCCAACAGGCGGCAGGGCCAACAUUGGCCAUCGACCAAUUCAACAGUCAGUCAUCAGUUUAAUGUUCGUUUCGCCAUCUAUGCCAUGGGGCUGCCACAGUGUACUUUAUAGAUGCAUCACAGAAAAAAUAUUUUGUGAAUAUAAAGCAUGAUUGGUUACAACCGCUCGUCACUGAAGCCACAGACACACAAUGUUGUAGGCAAAGCCCUUGGAGGACAAAUCUUUCGUAAUCCCACUUUUCACAGUUAUUUCUCAAGUUUAUUCAGGAACGUGGCCAACUUGCUCUACUCUGAAACCUGAGCUCAGUUUGGGAGAAAGAAGCUGCCUCUUCAGGUUUUUAAGUGUCCUGUGAGCUUCAGUCUCUCAUACCACAGUUCCAUGUCCUUCAGUCGAUGCCAGACUUGUGUGUGGGUAAGACUAUUAAACUGACAAAGGUGAAACUUAAAAAUAUCAUUUAAGAUUAGGCAGUGCUUUAGUCUGUAAAAAUUUAGAACUUUAGAGUGAAAUGUGUCUUAAACAUCAUCUUGAACUACAGAAGCAUCUGCAUAUCAUCUGAAUGUAAAAAAUAAGGAACCUUGCAACUGGUUAGAAAUGGAUUUUGAGUGAAUCCUGUGUUUGCAAUCACUUGGGACUCUUGUGUUCUGAGUUUUUGGUAAUAGUGUGCUUGUGUGGAGUGCUUAAGUGCAGCGCCGGUAUUUGGCUCUCAUAUGUGCUCAGUCCCCCCCCCUCCCCCCCCUUGUGUUCUGCUUUUAGUGUGCACUCAUAGGCGCCCCCUGGUGGUGUACAGGUCCUGGUGAUUACUCCUACCAUCAGGCUCUGCAGAAGAACUCAAAUGAAACAAACACCUCCUAUGGACCAUGCAGUGCCUAAUUAUUAAUGGGCAAAAAAAUAAAUAAAUGACAUGUGGUUUUUAAUUUGCUUCAAAAUGGAAAAAAAAAGAAAAAAGUUUUCAAUCACAAAACAUUUUACAGCGCUUGUUUUCCAGUAUUUUUCAACAGGUGUGUUAUACAUUGUGUUAUACCAUUUAUAAUGAAAUCACUAGCAACUUAUUGCAUUUGAGUUAUGGUGUUAUGAGAACUUGAAUGAAUGAAGAACCUCUCUUCUGGAGGUCUUUAACUCUGGGGUUCCACUGUACUAUCAUCUGAUGAGCGGCUAUUAAACUAGAGUUCCACUUG